AUGGUUCUCGUCGGCGUCUCGGGCUUCGGCCGCCCACGCAUUCUCAUCCUCGUACUCCUCGCCCUUCUCAUCCUAAUCUGGUCUCCGCGCUUAUCCAAACCCCGAUUGCUCUGCUUCCACCCAGGCUGCUACUACAACGACCCUCACCUUCUUAGUCCACCCAAGCAAACGGUCGACCUCUCCAAAGCCGACGCACCCUUCAUCCCAUGGCCCCUGGCACGCGUCUGCGCUGAAGCCAACCACUGGACCCCCGGCGUCGUCUUCAUCUGUGACAACAACUCGGGGGGCAUCGGCAACAUCCGUAAUUACAUCUUGACCUGCAUCCGGUACGCGAUCGAAGCCGGCGCAACUGCUAUUGUGCUACCGCAAAUCCGCACCCGUUCAGCGGAAGAUCUCUCCAACAUCAUGCUGCCCCAUGAGCCAUUUACCUACUUCUUCGACGAAGCGCACUUCCGCCGGAGUUUCGCGAUCGCAUGCCCCCAAAUCACAAUCUACAACUCGACUUCUGACAUUCCCCACGCCCCGGUGCCCUUCAAGCCGGAACAAAUCACCCCUCACAACUUCGGCAAGCGUGGCGGGUGCGACAAGCGCGAGCUGAACAAACACACGGACCGGUUUGGCGUCCAGUUCGCCGCCCAUAUUGAGAACACAACCCAGGAGUUUCACCUUCCUCCCCCUAGUCCCGAACACCCACGUAUCAUCCGCUUCACAUGGGGCGUGCAAUUCGACUGGCCUGUGUUCAGAGAUGGGCCGGAGUUUGUAGCCACUUUUGGGGGGCUGCUCCGCUUCAGGCAAGAUAUCCUCGACCUGGGCUACCGCACGGCAUCCUAUAUGCGACAGUUUGCCUCCUCCCAGGAUGGUGCCUCAACCUCUAAGUACAUUGGCAUCCAUCUCCGCACCGAAAGUGACGCGCUUCCCCGCUGGCCCAAGUAUGAUGACCAGGCAACAGCUUACCUCGAGCGCGCAGGAGCCAUGUCCUUUAAAGCGGCCUACCUUGCCACAGGGAACCGAACCGAGGCUAAGAGAUUGGCAGACGCAGCGGAAAAGGAGCACGGCAUGGCAGUCAUCACGAAGCACGAACUUCUUCAACACCAUCCGGAGGACUUGACCAAGUUAGAGGCCCUGACCUGGGACCAGCAAGCCCUGAUCGACUUUAUCGUGCUUCUAGAGAGCGACUACUUCCUCGGGGUGAGCCCCAGUUCUUUUAGCAUGAAUGUUGCCCUCAAAAGGCAUCUUAAAACAGAAGGCUUAUACACGCGGCCAUGGAAGAUUGGCGGUGAUGGGGAUGGGCACAGCUGGCUAGUGGGCAAGUACGAGCACUAUUGGGAUGAUUGGCUAUUUAUGUUUGACUCAAUGUGGCCAUAA